AUGGCCGAGGAUGAGGUUGUCCGGGACUACAAGAGGUCGCUGAGCCGAAAUGGUGCGCAGCAGGCACAGGCAUUUAGCCAGAACAGUGACCUCGAGGUGUCCCGUCAACGCUCUUCGAGCCUUCCAGAGCUGCCAGUUCAGCCGCUGUUCCCGGAGCUUGGAAGGGCCAGCGACAUAGCGCAGCCCGGUGGCUUCCGACGGGAGCAUGUUUUGCGUCAGGCACCGAAUGCAGCAGCGGAGCGGCCGCUGCUAGACUCGAUGCUCGAUCCGCGAUUGCAGCAUUACUUUUCGAAGACUUUUGAGUCGCAGGUUGGGUCAUCUAGUGCGUCUACGGCCAGCGUGGGGGCCUCCAACCUGUCCACCGUGCUGGUCAUUCUCAAGUCCACAGUGGGUGGUACGCUGAUCAUUAUUCCCGGUGCCUUUGCCCGGACUGGACUUCUCGUGGCUCCGUUGGAGCUGCUCUUCAUCGGCGGCAUCGAGAUUUAUUGCAUGGUUCUCCUGGUGAGGUGCGUUCGCACGCUGGGUGGUGGAACCUACGGUGACAUUGCCAGGAUGGCCAUGGGUCCGGUAGGGAGUUGGGCAGUGGACAUGAGCAUCUUGCUCUCCCAAACUGGCUUUGUCUGUUCCGAGAUGCUCUAUGUGGCGAAAAACUGCAAUGGCGCUCUUCAGGCUUUGGGACUGAUGUCACCCCUGUGGUCGGAGCAAAGUAUUCUUCUGCUGCAGCUCUUCGUGGUCAUACCAAUGUCUUGGAUACGGCAGCUCAAGUAUUUUCAGGUUUCCAACCUCAUCGCCAACACCACAGUUGCUUCCUCAGAGGUCUUGGACAGCGCUUCUGCGAGUUACCGCUUUUGCCGGAGAGGGUGCCGCCAAAAAGCUGAGCAGACGAAGUUUGUAAAUUCUCUGCGGGGGAAAGAAUGCAUCAGGGCAGUUCAAUCUCAUCGUCCUCAAAAAAACGAAGCGUGGAGGUUUCUGAUCCAGCCAAGACUGUUGCAGCUUGACAAGCCCUUGUCAGAAUCAUAG